CUCUCUCUGAAGGCCAUCAUGGACGACGCGCAAUGCAUCAUGUGCGUCGAGGACAUAUCGACGUAUGGUCUCGGUCCGUGUAACCACCGCAACAUCUGUGCAAAGUGCACCCUUCGCAUGUGCCAGUUCUAUGGCCGUACAUCGUGCCCGCUGUGCAACACAUCGUUUGAAACGAUUGUUGUGACGACGGAUGCGCAGGUGACGUACGACGCGUGCCUGCACGACCGCCGGUAUGUGGGCGACGACGAGCUGAAGAUGAACGUGCGUUACGAGUCGUCGCAGUUGCGGACACAGUUUAAGAAGAUGUGGCAGCUGUACUGCCCUGUGGGCGGAUGCAGCGCGUCGAUGGGAAAGUCGAACCAGCCGUUUCCCCACGUCCGCAGCCUCCGCAAGCAUCUCUCGUCCAAGCACGGCGCGUUCCUCUGCAUGGUAUGCGAGUCUUCGGGCAAGACGUUCAAAUGCGAUCUGGAGACGUUUGAGUCCAAGGCGGCGCUCCAGCGGCACAGGAAGACACACCCGAUGUGCGAGUUUUGCAACGAGCACUACCUCGACGACGAGGAGCUGUUUGCGCACCUCUCCGAGCAGCACGAGGUGUGCAACCUCUGCGACGAGGCGCACCAGUACUUUGAGUCGCCGGCUACGCUUGCAGAGCACUACUCGAGUGCACACCACCCUUGUCCGCGCGGAUGCAAUGCUGGGCUGUGUGCGUUCCGCUCCAAGGAAGGCUUGCAGGAGCACAUGCUGCGAGCGCAUGCAUCCGAGAUGUCACGGGCGGAGCGGGCACGACUCCGGCAGCUCGACCAAAUCGAAUUCACCUUUGCUGACAGCGGCGCCGAGCGGGUGAGUGCGGAGACUGCCGACUCGCGGCGGUCGCUUGGCGGCGGGCGCGGAGCGUUCCGCGGACGGCUCCGCGGCGAGCCGACGAACCAGGUCAAUGUCUCGUCGCCGUCGUCGUUUCCGCCGCUGCGUAGCUCGACCACCGGCAAUGACAACUCUAGCUCUGGCGCUGGCCGCGGGUCGAGUGCGCGAGUGCCGAGCGGACGCGGGGCACCACCGCCGUCGUCGGCCUCGCGGGCCGAGCGGCAGCGGCAGCGGCUCAUUGCGGAGCGAGAGGAGCGCGAGGCCAGGAACCGGGCCGCGGCUGCGCGCGAUGAGCAGCGCCGACUGAAGGAACAGGCUAAGCGUGACCGUGCUGUCGAGGCCGAGGCUGUGCGGCAGGCGGCUGCUGCGCAGUCGGCGGCUGCUGCUCGUCGGGCGGCGCCAGCUGCCACCCGCGUCUCGCGUGAAGAUUAUAGGGCUCGUAACAAGCAGAUGGUUGCGCGGCUCAAGGCGGCGCUCGGCGGCAACACCACUAAGUUUAAGGCUUUCAAGCUGGCCUCUAAGGAGUACCGCAACUCGGACAUUGACGUCGAUGACUACUACGGGCGCUUUGUCUCGUUGUUUGGCACCGCAAACGCCAAUGCUGUUCUGCCGGACCUCAUUGCUACGCUGCCGAACCCAGCCAAGCGUCAGGAGCUGGCCAACUACCACGACUCGGUGCUGGCCGCGUCGGCGGCAACUAACCAGUCGACAGGCUCGUCAUCAUCCUGGCUUGCUCGGACUGCUGGCGGCGGGGGAGGAGUGGCGGCGGCCGCGGCAGAUCGGCACCUUCUGCCGAUUCGGAAUUCCCGGCUCUCUCGUCGACAGCUUCGUCAUCCGCUGCUCCGUCGUGGCCUGCGCGCAACGGCGGUGGCUGGGGCAGCCUGGCAGCAGGAUCCGGCAGCGGCGGCAAUGGCCGGCGGAGCAAGGUUCUCUUGCGGUAUGGAUGACGUUUGGUAUGAUCUCAACCGGCCGUGGUCUCAACCGGCCGCGUGUCGAAUUUCGAAGGUUGGAGGUUGACUUGAGCAGCAAGUCCAAGUCGAGUUGGUGGCGGUCAGCUGCCAUCGCUUCAACUCCCUUGGCAACACUCUCUUCUCUUGCGGUAUGCGUUUGAGGAGUUGGAGUGAGGCUGGGGACCAAGACGGGGACGGGACGGGUGGGGCCGUGCGGUUCCAGGAGGAGGGUGGGAAAGGAGCGAUGGAGAUGGGCAGUUGAAAGGAUGUGCGGCCGCAGUUGCCCACAUCCACCCCCCCAUCUCUCCUCACAUCCCGUCCUUUCACCCACCACCCCACUCCUCCCCCCAUCCCACUCCCAAGCACAUCAACAACUCUGACACAAAUGGCGUGAUACGUUUUUCCUCUCUCGACAUAAACGCAUUGUCGCGACAUGUCGCAUACCGUU